UAUCUGUUCCAGCUGUAUGCGCUUUAAUGACAUCGAAAUCCGAGGCUCUUUACUAGCUUGUUUUUUCCAAAAUAAAAGAAGUUUUAGAUUUCUCUCCAGUCACCAUUAUGUCAGAUUUUGAACGAGGACUACAGAAUGCUUUAAAAACAACUUGGAGUGAAAGCUUGGUGAAUGGUUGCAGGUUUCAUUUCGAAAAUGCAACCACCAAGCAAUUAGCAAUUCUUGGUUUUCAGAGGGAAUACCGCCACCAAAUUCAAGUAAAGAAGUGGGCACGAAAAGCUUCAGCACUUUGUCUUCUUCCUGCAAACAAGAUCUUGGUUGCAAUUGCAGUUAUUGAGAUUGCACAAUUUAGUCGCGAAAUCAAAAUCAAACUACUUGCUUUUAAAAGGUAUUUUGAGAGUUAUUGGCUCAAUAUAGUGACCCCAGAAGGAUUCAGUGUUUAUGACUUGAACCACAAAACCAAUAACAAUGCAGAGAGUCUCAAUAGACGUUUGAAAUCAAACACGGGUGAUCGACAUGUAGGAUUUUGACAGUUUAUGAAAUUGCUUAACCAGCAUGUAAUAGUCCAUACAAUUCAAGAGCUUCAACAGCUUGCCUGCAAUCAGCCAGUCCGCCGUGA